ACUGGUGCCACUGACUGGCAGCACUGCUGGGCUGCACUGCUGGGCACAGGUGGGUGCACUGCUGGGUGGCACAGGUGGGCGCACUGCUGGGUGGCACAGGUGGGCGGAGCUAGUGGGCGCACUGCUGGGCACAGGUGGGCAGAGCUAGUGGGUGCAGUGUUGGGCACAGGUGGGCGGAACUUGUGGGUGGCACUGCUGGGUACGAUCAUCAGGGCACUGAUCAGCAGUGCCCUGAACUGCCGGUUCUCUGCAGUACUUUGACCACAAUCUGACGGCGUGAGGAAAGUGCAGCCGAGAACCGGCAAUUGCAUUUCCCGGUGAUCAGCGUGUCAUUGGACACCGCUGAUCACGUGGUAAAAGGCCGCUGUGA